AUGAAGAAGUUCGGAACAAUCACGUAUUUGACAGUUCUGCAUUUCAUCUUAUUGACUGCACCAGGAUGUUUUGCCAUUGGUCCAAUAUACAACCUGACCAACAACGAAACAGGACUUCGGUUUAUGGUCCUGGACAAGGCAGACGACGCCGACACUGUGACCGAGGCGAGAGUGAAAUGCAGGGCGAUUCACAUCCUAGCGGACGUGGCAGAACUCACCAAUGCUAGCGAUGACGUCAUUGUUCAACGACUAAUUAAUAUUGCUGAUGAUAUAUCUGGCAACCACUGGCUCGGUAUUUCCGAUGUCUUCACCGAAGGGAAGUUCCUCUCUCUCCGGACCGGACAACGCUUGACCUACACCGCCUGGAAGGACGGCACACCACCCGAAGACAUUAACAAGAACUGCGCUAUCCGAAACUCCGUUAACGGGGAGUGGGAUCACGAGAGUUGCCACGCCGGGAGAGGCGUGCUCUGCAGUCUUCCUGACCCGAUCCCCCCGAUCGGUGAGGCUCUGAUACCUGGCGGAGAUAAUCCACGAGAUUGCCUACCAACAUGGAUACCCUACAACAAUUCAUGUUAUCUUUUCCAUCCACACGGGGAUAAGAUGAACUUUAAUGAGGUCAUUUCAGAAUGUCAGGGUGGUGAAAUGAUGGUCCCGUACUCGCCUGACGAUGUCAACUUUCUGCAGCUGAAUGGACAGUUGUCUGGCAUCUCAAGUAUCUGGCUUGGUAUUUGGGAUAAAGGACAUGGUACAGGAAACUACAGAAGCGUCUAUUUGUCCGGGGGAGCUACUCCUUAUUUAAACUGGGCUAGCGACGAGCCCAAAACUAACGAUGGCCACGAUAACUGCGUCGUCAUGGAAACUGACAUCAGUCUCUUCAAAGCAAAAUCAUGUACCGAAAAUCACGGCAUUGUGUGUAAGGAUUUCCAAGUUGCACGUAAAUUUUCCAAUUGA